AUGACCAUCCCUCUCUCAACAAUCUCCACCUUCCGCACAACUUUCAACCCUUUCCUUCGCUCCGCCCGCCCCUGCAGACUCAUCCUCUCUCUCCUCCGCAAUCCCACGACCACGCCGGCCUCCAGCCCCGGCCACAUCGACAUCAAGGUCACUCAGCUGCCGCGGUCGUCGACGCAAGAGCCCGAGUUGACGAUAGGGUUCAAGAAUGGCAAGGAGUUGAAGAUUGAGGUUGGAAAGCGCCAGAUGAAGAUUGGGGAUGUGGUUGAGGAGAUUGCUCGUGUUGGGAGAGCUAUUGAGCGUGAGGAGGCGCUGAAGUCUUAG